AUGACCGCAGCCUCGGGUGUCACUGUUGACACCUCCGACCGUCCUAUUCCUUCCCCGCCGAACGCCCUCCAUUCUUCCCAGCCCACGUCGACCAAGCGCGAGUCCCCCACGAACCAAAAUGAGGAAGAGACAGAGGGCUCAGCGCCCCAACCAGUAACAACGGCACCGGCCACAAUUAAUUCCACACAGGACCCUCCUGCAGCAGAUGAAGUAGAUGAUUUCGGAUUGCCCAUUCGAAAACGCAGUCCCAACCCCACCUCCAGCGAGCCCCCCGCCGAAGAUACAAAUACCAACAAAGACACUCAGAAUGUGGCUGCCAGCUCAACGAGAUAUAGUGAUGCUGUGAAAAAGAACACGGAGCCGGAGUCCUCACAAGAAAAGACGAGCUCUGUGGUCCCAACCCCUGAGAAAGGCGGCCUGAACACCGAAGAAGAUGCGGGCAAGGAUGCAGAGGCGCAGGACGCUUCUCCUGCACCCCCAGGAUAUUCUGAGACCUCCACUUCCCCCGCUCAGCCUCGGUCUUCCACCUCGAAGCCAAGACCCGCCCAAAUAUCGGAAUGGUCGCAUCAGCGCCUCGCGCAACCCGAUGCGCACCAUCCCGAAAGCGAAGAGUCAGACCAGGAGCCCGACGAAUGGAAAACAAUGCCUGCCCUUGGCGAGUUCGACUACUAUGACGACUACGGAAGACUCGUUGCUCGGGGAGCUAAAGAAGAAGGCGACGAGGCUGUAUACCAAGGACUAGGAGGCGCAGGGAAGGGAUAUACACGAGUGCAGCUCGACGAAGACGCUCAGUCUGCCACGAGUCUAGACGAAGAUACAAGUUACCUGUUUCGAGACACAGGCGACAACUCUGCUGGUCUUGUAGGUGAGGAAUUGCGAGACACCAUUAGCCAGCUCCAAGCGACCAAGGACCUUCUCAAUGAGACGCAAAAGAUUGCGUACGUGGGCGUCGUCAGGUUGGCGAUUCAUAAUAUGAAUUACGAUUUGGCGUCAAUUGCUACGACCAAGUCCACGCGCAAGACUAUGCAGAAAGCCUCAGAUGCUAUGAGAAAAUGGGGCCAAGCGAUCAUGUCGCGAAUCUACGCGCAUAUGGACAUCAAUUCUGCCGAGCAGAUUAUGAUUGAGCAGCUUGCGGAGCAUGGAGUGCAACCCGAAGAUCUGGUGCGACCACUCAUGCAGAAUGCGCGAGUCAAAAACCCCAUGGCAGAGAGUGAACCGAAAACGUCUAUAUCCAGUCCCAAAGUGGACUCUCCAUUUAGACUCUCCGCAGAAACAAAUUCAUCGGAAUCAGACCCCCCUCCACCAUAUGAGGCUCACGAGACAGAGGAGCCUCCCGAGGUCAAGAUACCUUCCCAGAUGCCGACCUCUGACCGCAUAGACAUCGAUCUACGCUGGACGGUCCUUUGCGACCUAUUCCUUGUCCUCAUCGCAAACUCCGCAUACGAUGCGCGAUCGCGAACUCUUUUAGAGAAAGUCGGCGCAGCCUUGGAUGUAACAUGGUUGCAAAUCUCACGGUUCGAGAAACGUGUCACAGACUCCCUCGAAAUGCAAGAACAAGCAGAGAAAGAGCAGUGGGAUGAGUCGGACCACAUGGAAAAGCGGCGCAAGAUGGCCCUGAAGAAAAGAUAUAUGAUCAUGGGUCUAGCGACCGUCGGUGGCGGAUUGGUUAUUGGUCUUUCCGCCGGAUUGUUAGCACCCGUGAUCGGAGCUGGCCUUGCGGCUGGCUUCACCACAGUGGGUAUUACUGGAACCAGUGCAUUCCUCGGAGGCGCCGGUGGCACAGCCUUGAUCGCCUCCAGUGCUACCCUGGGUGGAAGUACUAUUGGAAUGAGGGCGUCACAGCGACGAACUGGCGCAGUCCAGACGUUUGAGUACCGACCUCUUCAUAAUAACAAGAAGGUCAACUUGAUCGUAACGGUCUCCGGCUGGAUGACUGGCAAGGUCGAUGAUGUUCGUCUGCCCUUCAGUACUGUCGAUCCGAUCAUGGGUGACAUCUAUUCCGUGCUCUGGGAGCCUGAGAUGCUUCGAAGCAUGGGUGACACCAUCAAUAUCCUCGCAACAGAGGCGUUGACCCAAGGUCUGCAACAAGUGUUGGGCAGCACUGUUCUGAUGGCACUAAUGGCAUCGUUGCAACUACCGCUUGUCCUCACCAAACUCGCAUACUUGAUUGAUAAUCCCUGGAUCGUUUCAUUGGCGCGAGCCAACUCAGCUGGCCUCGUGAUGGCCGAUUCCUUGAAGGAUCGGAAUCUGGGCAACAGACCCGUCACAUUGCUUGGCUUCUCGCUCGGUGCGCGUGUUAUUUUCUCUUGUUUGAAAGAAUUGGCAGAGCAGGGUGCUCACGGACUCAUUCAAAAUGUAUAUCUAUUUGGAUCGCCCAUUGUGGCAAACAAAGAUGAGUAUCUCAAGGCUCGCAGCGUGGUCUCUGGGCGGUUUGUGAAUGGUUACGCCACAAAUGACUGGAUCUUGGGCUACCUCUUCCGUGCCACGAGCGGUGGUAUAAUGAAAGUCGCCGGUCUUGCAGCUGUCGAAGGUAUUCCCGGCAUUGAGAACUUCGACAUCACGAAGCUUGUGAACGGUCAUAUGGAUUACCGUACUGCCAUGCCCCGAAUUCUGAGGGAAGUCGGCUGGGAGGUCCUCGAGGAUGAGUUUGCAGAAAUUGAGGAUCCGGACCCAGACAACCAUGCCGAACGACAGCGAGAGCUGAUUCGCGAGAUCGACGAAGCUCGCCGGCAGGCAGAGGCAAAGCCAGAGAAGAAGCGCUUUGGCCUGUUCAAGAGAGGCAAAAUGGCCGAAAAGAAGAAAUGGGAGACAUAUGAUGUCGAUCGAAACACCACCCCUCGCGAUUCCAGCGACACCGAAAGCACUCCUGGCACCGUCCUCUUUGACAUCGAGGCUAUUCGAGCAGAGCUACACUCCGAGGCAAUUGAAGUCAAAGAACUGGAGUCAACCAUGCCGCUUAUGAAGCUAGACCUGAACGCUCCCUCGGAGCCACCAACUUCCCAGCCUUCCCCUCCUGUUGUCAGUAGGCCGAAGACACCUGAGCCUCCACCGGUUUCCCGGACUUCUUCGUUACCCCCGCAAUCAUCGGGACGAUAUUCUCCCCCCGGGUUUAAUGAUUACUCUACUGCGCCGAAGCACGAAGACGUGGAAAUGACCUUUGAUACAUCCUUCCAUGAAUCCUCACGAACAAAUGACGAUCAUCCCUCUCGACCUGAGUUGAAAACCGCCUCCACGAUGCCGGUGGUUGGCACCAGCGCCUUCGGGGCCAUGGCCUUGGAGACCAAUGCCUGGGCGGACACUGAUCAUGGACACCACGAUGGCGAGAUUUCAAUGACAUUUGAAUAG